GAGAGCCGCUGCCCGCCUUGCCCCCCAGGCCGGGAGCCUCAUCCGCCCUCCCGGGGAAAGCUGGAUUUCCGAGGCUGGCGGCGCCUGGCCGGCUGGGUGGGGACCACCAUGGGCAACGCGGCCGGCAGCGCGGAGCAGCCCGCGAGCCCCGCCGCGCUGUCCCCCAAGCAGCCCGCGGCGCCCAAGCAGCCGAUGCCCGCGGCCGGAGAGCUGGAGGAGAGGUUUAGCCGGGUCCUGAACUGCAUGAACUUGCCCCCGGACAAGGUCCAGCUGCUGAGCCAGUAUGACAACGAGAAGAAGUGGGAGCUCAUCUGUGACCAGGAGCGGUUUCAAGUCAAGAACCCCCCUGCAGCCUAUAUCCAGAAGCUGAAGAGCUACCUGGAAACCGGUGGGGUCAGCCGAAAGGUAGCAGCAGAUUGGAUGUCCAACUUGGGGUUUAAGAGGCGAAUUCAGGAGUCCACCCAGGUGCUACGGGAAUUGGAGAUCUCCCUGAGGACCAACCACAUUGGGUGGGUGCAGGAGUUCCUCAACGAGGAGAACCGUGGCCUGGACGUGCUGCUUGAAUACCUGGCCUUGGCGCAGUGCUCUGUCACGUAUGACAUGGAGAACACAGACAACGGAGCCCCGGGCUCUGAGAAGAGCAAGCCUCUGGAGCAGUCAGUGGAAGAUCUUAGCAAGGGCCCGCCCUCAUCCUUGCCACAGCCCAAGAGUCGCCACCUGACCAUCAAGUGCCCCCCUUCUCCCCGGCUGACCCCGGCCCACAGCAAGAAGGCCCUGCGGAAUUCCCGCAUCGUCAGCCAGAAGGACGACGUCCACGUCUGCAUCAUGUGUCUGCGUGCCAUCAUGAACUACCAGUCUGGCUUUAGCCUCGUCAUGAACCACCCAGCCUGUGUCAAUGAGAUUGCUUUGAGCCUCAACAACAAGAAUCCCAGAACCAAGGCUCUGGUGCUGGAGCUGCUGGCGGCCGUGUGCCUCGUGCGGGGAGGACACGAUAUCAUCCUUUCUGCCUUUGACAACUUCAAGGAGGUAUGUGGAGAGCAGCAUCGCUUUGAAAAGCUGAUGGAAUAUUUCCGGAAUGAGGACAGCAACAUUGACUUCAUGGUGGCCUGCAUGCAAUUCAUCAACAUCGUGGUACAUUCAGUGGAGAACAUGAACUUCCGUGUCUUCCUGCAAUAUGAGUUCACCCACUUGGGCCUGGACCUGUACUUGGAGAGGCUUCGGUUCACGGAGAGUGACAAGCUGAAGGUGCAGAUUCAGGCCUACUUGGACAAUGUUUUUGAUGUGGGCGCGCUGCUGGAGGACACUGAGACCAAGAAUGCUGUGCUGGAGCACAUGGAGGAGCUGCAGGAGCAGGUGUCCUUGCUGACAGAGCGGCUUCGGGACGCGGAGAACGAAUCCAUGGCCAAGAUCGCAGAGCUGGAAAAGCAGCUAAGCCAGGCCCGAAAGGAGUUGGAGACCCUGCGGGAGCGCUUCAGCGAGACGACUCCCAUGGGCACCUCCAGACGUCCUUCUGAGCCUGAGAAAGUGCCUACCCCUGCCCCGGCGCGGCCUUCAGCUCUAGAGCUGAAAGUGGAGGAGCUGGAGGAGAAGGGGUUAAUCCGUAUCCUGAGAGGGCCCGGGGAUGCAGUCUCCAUCGAGAUCCUCCCGGUCGCUGUGGCAACUCCGAGCGGCAGUGAUGCGCCGACUCCGGGGGUGCCCACCGGCUCCCCCAGCCCAGAACUCCCGCCUGCAGCAGAGCCGGUUCCCGGAGCAGCACCCGCACAGCCACCUCCAGCGCCGCCGCUGCCCCCACUACCUGGUCUCCCCUCCCAGCAGGAAGCCCCGCCCCUGGCGCCCCCACUGGCCCCUCCCCUCCCGGCCAGCGCAGAGCCCCCGCCCCCGCCCCCGCCACCGCUGCCGGGAGAUCAGCCGCCCCCACCCCCACCGCCACCUCUGCCUCAUGGCGCUGACGGGCCGUUGCCUCCACCGCCCCCACCGCCUCCGGGAGGUCCCUCUGAUGCUCUUGGAGGGCCUGGCUCAGAGAUGGACGCAGGAGUGAAGGCCAAGAAACCCAUCCAGACCAAGUUCAGAAUGCCACUCUUAAACUGGGUGGCCCUGAAACCCAGCCAGAUCACAGGCACUGUCUUCACUGAGCUCAAUGAUGAGAAGGUGCUGCAGGAGCUGGACAUGAAUGACUUUGAGGAGCAGUUCAAGACUAAGUCCCAGGGUCCCAGCCUAGACCUUAGUGCUCGCAAGAGUAAGGCAGCCCAGAAGGCCCCCAGCAAAGCCACGCUCAUCGAGGCCAACCGGGCCAAGAACCUGGCCAUCACCCUGCGCAAGGGCAACCUGGGGGCAGACCGCAUCUGCCAGGCCAUCGAGACGUACGACCUACAGACCCUUGGCCUGGACUUCCUGGAGCUGCUGACCCGCUUCCUGCCCACGGAGUAUGAGCGCAGCCUCAUCGCCCGUUUCGAGCAGGAGCAGCGACCCAUAGAGGAGCUGUCGGAGGAAGACCGUUUCAUGCUGCGCUUCAGCCGCAUCCCCCGCCUGCCCGAGCGCAUGAACACGCUCACCUUCCUGGGCAACUUCCCAGACACUGCCCAGCUGCUCAUGCCGCAACUGAAUGCCGUCAUUGCAGCCUCAAUGUCCGUCAAGUCCUCGGACAAACUCCGCCAGAUCCUGGAGAUUGUCCUGGCUUUCGGCAACUACAUGAACAGCAGCAAGCGGGGAGCAGCCUAUGGCUUCCGGCUCCAGAGUCUGGACGCGCUGCUGGAGAUGAAGUCGACUGACCGCAAGCAGACACUGCUGCACUACCUGGUGAAGGUCAUUGCUGAGAAGUACCCACAGCUCACAGGUUUCCACAGUGACCUGCACUUUCUGGACAAGGCAGGCUCAGUGUCCCUGGACAGCGUGCUGGGGGACGUGCGCUCCCUGCAGCGAGGCUUGGAGUUGACCCAGCGGGAGUUUGUGCGGCAGGAUGACUGCGUGGUGCUCAAGGAGUUCCUGAGGGCCAACUCAGCCGUCAUGGAUAAGCUUCUGGCAGACAGCAAGACAGCUCAGGAAGCCUACGAGUCUGUGGUGGAGUACUUUGGAGAGAACCCCAAGACCACGUCCCCCUCCAUGUUCUUCUCCCUCUUUAGUCGCUUCAUCAAAGCCUAUAAGAAAGCCGAGCAGGAGGUGGAACAGUGGAAGAAAGAAGCAGCUGCCCAGGAGGCAGGCACCAACACCCCAGGGAAAGGGGAGCCCCCAGCACCCAAGUCCCCACCCAAGAUCCGGCGGCAACAGAUGGACCUCAUCUCUGAGCUGAAACGGAAGCAGCAGAAGGAGCCACUCAUCUAUGAGAGUGACCGUGAUGGGGCCAUUGAAGAUAUCAUCACAGAUCUGCGGAACCAGCCGUACAUCCGCGCAGACACCGGCCGUCGCAGCGCUCGUCGGCGUCCCCCGGGACCCCCCCUGCAGGUCACCUCCGACCUCUCGCUGUAGCCACUAUUUCUGCAGAUGGACUGCGAGGCUGGG